CAUUUUAUAGAGCAUGCACCAACUUUGAAUUUCCCGCCCAAAUUGUUGGCCAGGUCAGGCCAAAUCCAAAGUUGCGCCAAGACCUGCAUUAUCCAAGAGGUUCCAAAAACAUGAUCAAACUGUUCCAAACCCGUCCAGAUUUUCAUGUGGCCGUCAUCGAAUCGAUCUUGGGACUUACCUGGUUUGUAUCGUUUCACUGCCUAUUUCUGGAAAUCGUUUCCCUCAAAUUCGGCCGAGGGUUUUCUUUGGCGCGUAGUCAACUCCGAGACAUCGCCACCAAAUUGGUUUCCACCUGGUUUGCUAUCACAACUUGUUUCGCAGGGUGGCUAGUGUUUAGGCAAUGUGAUACUGAUCUGAUUCGAGAGCAGAAGUCCUUGGUGCACCAUUAUGUCUUCUUCGCUCUUCCAUACUUUAUAUAUGAUAUAUUUGCCAUGUAUCUGGUCUAUCGAGAGUCCUCCAGAGAGAGGAAUUUGGAAAACAGUCCUCUGCUUUUCCUGAGGGAAAAGUUUCUCCUUGUAGUUCAUCAUUUGAUGAUUUCAACCGUCGGUGGACCUAUUUUCGUAUUUCUUCGCGGAGGUUUGGGCGACUGCCUUCUUUCUUUGGCCUUCAUGAUGGAGAUAUCAACACCUUUUGUGAGCUUAAGGGUCAUCCUUCAUCACCUGGGAAUGAAAACUAGUAAAUGGUACAUCCUGAACGGUUUGGCCAUGGUGCUAUCUUUUCUUUUCGGACGGAUUCUGUUGAUCCCGUACAUGUACCUGGCUUACGCAAAUCAGCUCGGAGUGAGCACCUGGCAAGUGUUAAACAUUCGAGUCCCAAAGUUUUGUACCGUGUGUAUGAUUGUGGUGUACUUGCCUCAGAUCUACUGGUUUGGAUUGAUGAUUAAGGGCUCUUGGCGAGCUCUUGGCCUCUCCCGUGUUUCGAUAAAGAAGAAUUAGAUGAGUGAUAUUAAGUGAUUUUAUUAUAUUUCCAAAAGCAAUGUGAUAUCAAAAAUACUGAAGGUUCAUUUGCCCUUCUUCUUAUCCGUAACCGUGAUAAUAUACCGUUGAGCCACAUACAAGGGCGGCGAGUAUCCAUCUGCAUAACUGGGAUCUUCAAACAAUACUUGAUAUUCGUCUGAGCCUGUGAACACCACUCAGUCAGUCAUGCAUGUGAUAACAAAUUUGAACCAAUAUAUCGAGAUAUCAACUUA